UCUUACUCAUCUCUCUUUCAUUAAGGGUUGGAACACGUAUAGAAUCGCACUUAGACUUUCAAGGGUCGUAUGAAGGGACGAUAGGGGCAAAGAAUUCGCGAAAUGCUUGGUACUCUUACGGGAUUGCGCGUUGCGAAAGAGUCCCACAGAAAGUUUCGUGCUUUGUUAAAGAAGACCCGUCGGAAACGUAUCCGCCAGAAAGCUGCUCAAGAGAGAGAUAGACUCAAAGCUUUACAGGAGGCCUCCAUUGCCUGCAUUCCCGGCUAUCGCGAGCAUUUGGAUGAACAGAGGCGAAGCGAAGCCCUUCAAGAGGAAUACAAUGAAAGAGAAAGGAAACGACAGCACCAGUUAUGGCUAGCAAGAGAGGCGAUUGCACAGCAAGAAUUUCAGAUAAGAAAAGCCGAAGACGAGGAACGAGCUCGAAAGAAGCAGGAGGCUAUCGAAGCACUCGAGAAAGAAAAUAAAAAGAAGGAAGAUGAGAAAAAUGAGGAGAAGAAGAAAGAGGAGUCACUGAAAGAAGCAAUUUCUAAGUUGCCUGAGGGAAAUGCAACGUGGCACAACCCACCUGCCCCUCCGAGUUAUGCAGAAGCACCAGAGAGGGAGACGUGUCCAUUCUAUACGAAAACUGGAGCCUGUCGGUUUGGAAACAGGUGCUCUCGAAAUCAUCCGCGACCAGAAGUCAGCAGAACGUUGCUGCUCCGCGGCAUGUACAACCAUUUCAGUAUUGGACAGCAGCAGCGUGACGACUACGAUGGGGACUCGCAUCUCGAGACUGAAGAACGAGACUUGCAGCAAGAUUUUGAGGCUUUUUACUGGGACGUGCUGCCCGAAUUACGUUCCGCUGGGCGUGUCAUCCAGUUUAAAGUGUGCCGCAACCACGAGCCACACCUCCGCGGUAAUGUCUACGUGCAGUAUCGGAGUAACGAGGAGGCCACAAGAGCACUGAUGAUGUUCAACGGUCGGUGGUACGCUGGCCGACAGAUUAGUUGCGAGUUCACGCUUGUGGACCGCUGGAAAUCUGCCAUCUGUGGCUUGUUCUUCAGAAACGCAUGUCCAAAAGGAAAGACCUGCAACUUCCUGCACGUGUUUCGCAAUCCAACGGACGAGUUCAAGUACGCGGAUCGUGAUGAGACACCACAUCGGUACUCUGGAUCGUCCUCCUACCGUGGACACGACCAUAGUCACCGCUAUCGACGGAGUCCUGGAAGCAGACGCAGUCCAGAGAGCAGACGGAGUCCUGGAAGCAGACGAAGUUUUGGAAGUAGGCGGAGCUCUGAGCGUCGCCACAGUCUCAAAAGAAGACGAAGUCGCGAGAGCAAGCGCGGUGGAGAGCAUAGACGUUCAGAACGAAAGAGCAGUGAGUCGUCACCCAAACAGGUCUCAGAACGCAAGGAGCAACGAAGUGAGAGGGGAGGUUCAGGACGCUGGCCAAGCCCAGAGGAGAGCCGUGGUCCAAUACACGAUCAAACAUCGGAAGAGGAAUGGAGCCCCAAGCUAUGCCAAAGCCAGAAACCAGAAAACGACUCGGAGGGUGGAAUGAAUACAGACAGACACAUUUCCGGUUCACCUGGUCAGAAGAGCUCCGGCCAGGUCGCACCCCCCACCGUACGAGAGAGGAGUAGUACUUCUGACUCAGGGUCUGACCACGGUGUUCGACAUCGACACAAGCACAAGAAGCACAAGUCGCGAAAGUAUUCGAAAACGAAGAAGAAGAAGAGGAAGCAUCGCCACAGGUCUCGAACAUUGUCGCCCGAAAGGAGAACAUCCCCAGAGAAAGGAGAAGAGAAUGGUGACAGCAAGAAUGCCCUCAUGCAAAGCUGAAUACUUAUUCAUUACAUCUGUUUCACAUGUG